CCCGCCUCCGAGCCGAGGGAGUACUUCCGGGCAGUAGGAGCGGCGAGUCAGCGGCGGUGGCUCCGGUGAUGUUCUAAUCAUGUCAGAUAAAGAUGAUGUUGAGAGUCAAGUGAUAACUGAAGCAACCCUGGUUCUUGAAGAAGGAAACCAUGAGCCAGCCAAGAAUACUGAGUCUGUUGACCAAAGUGCUAAGCCAGAUAGUAAAUCUGAACCCGUAGUGUCGACUCGGAAAAGGCCAGAGGUCAAAUCUUCUAGUGAUCUUGAAACUCCAGAAGUUCUCCCUGUUCAGGAGCCUGUUUCCAAAGAUGUACCCCAGACUGGAUGGGGGUAUUGGGGAAGUUGGGGAAAGUCCUUACUUUCUUCAGCCUCAGCUACAGUAGCCACAGUAGGACAAGGUAUUUCAAAUGUCAUCGAGAAGGCAGAGACUUCUCUCGGGAUCCCUAGUCCCAGUGAAAUUUCAGCUGAAGUCAAGUUUGCAGCAGGAGAGACAAAUGCCAAAGAGAAUGAAAGCUCCUCCCCAGUCAUGGGGCCAUUUGGUGUAUUCUCGACCAUUUCUACAGCUGUUCAGAGCACAGGAAAGAGUGUUAUCAGUGGGGGUUUGGAUGCCUUAGAAUUCAUUGGAAAAAAGACAAUGGAUGUAAUAGCAGAAGGAGAUCCUGGAUUUAAAAGAACCAAGGGUCUGAUGAAUCGGAAUUCUACAUUGUCUCAGGUCUUAAGAGAGGCAAAGGAGAAAGAAGAGCUGUGGACCUCCAAUGAGGUUACCAUGGAAACUGACAAGAAAACUCAUUAUGGGCUACUCUUUGAUGAAUUUCAAGGCCUUUCACACCUAGAAGCUCUGGAGAUGCUUUCCCGAGAAAGUGAAAUAAAGGUGAAAUCUAUACUUAAUUCUUUAAGUGGAGAAGAAUUAGAGGCACUAAAGUUUGAAUUAGAGCAACUCAAAGAAGCAUUUUCCCUGGCAGAGUUUUGUGAAGAAGAGGAAGAAGAGAAAAAAGGGGAUGAAGAUUUUACCAAAGAGGUAACAGAGCUGUUUUCUCAACUGCACGUCUCCUCCAAACCAGAGAAACUUGCUAGGGUAAGUUGUUUCUUUUUGUCCAUCCAGGAUAUCCAUGCAUUUGCAAUUCGAAGCCUAGCGGAAUUGACUGCCUGCUCUAUUGAACUAUUUCACAAAACAGCAGCGUUAGUUCUGCAUGGUGGGAAGCAGGAAGUGACAGCCAUAGAAAGGAGCCAAACUCUUUCCCACAGCAGCAUCAUUGUCCCUCUACGACAUCCCAUGGGGGGAUUUUUUUGUUUUGUCUUGAACACCCUUAAGGAUGAGAGUGACACAGCUGUGAUCAUUAAAGAAAAGGCAGAUGUCCUGAAUCCAUUAAUCACUGCAGUCUUUCUAGAGGCAUCAAAUAGUGCCUCUUACAUCCAGGAUGCUUUUCAGCUACUCUUACCUGUGCUGCAGAUCUCUCUCAUUGAGAACAGGACGGAAUUACCCAGGCAGGAGCUACAAGUCCAGAGGCCUUUGCCAGAACAUUGAAGAAUAGAGAAGAUUUGACCUGAGAUUUGUGAUGGCUAAGAAGUGCCACUUUCUUCAGGGUACCCCUGCAGAAAUGAAUGAGGAAGGUUAUUUUAAUAUAUAAAAAUUCAGGCAGGAGAACAGGUUUAAAGAGGAAGUUUGUUUCUUCACUUGGCUGAAGUAUUCAAAUCCUCACACUAUUCCCAGUUAUUGACAUAUUAUUUGAAAAAACACUUUGUGGAAAGUCUAAGAAUAUAAGCUCUAGGUAAAGUUUUAGUGGGACACUCAGGCAAAAAUAUUGAUCUAUUUUUGACAUGCUGCAAAACACUAAAAAUUUUGUCAUGGAUAUAAUCUGUAGCCCAUGGAAAAAAUUGGUGUAAAAAACAGGAGGAAAAAACCCUUAAUUUGGCAUUCUAGAAUUUAUGACAUACUUGGUUUAUUAAUGCCAUGUACUUUCUCCUUUCUAGAAUAAAAUCUAUGGCUUUAAGAAAAUUGAGCAUAUAUAAACUCUAAAAUGAUUACCCUUUAUCAUGUGAUUCUUGGAAAUGGCUAGGAAGUUUUAUUUACUCUUUAAUUCUCAGUAGAUAUUUGACAUUGAGGAAAAACUUGCAGUAUUAUACUUUUUCAGGCACAUGAACGAAGUAUAACAGAUUCCCCUUUGGCUUUAAAUGACUCCCGUAUCCCUUGAUGACAAGCUUCAAGUCAUAGGUGAUUCUCUCCUCAACUGUAUUUAAGACCAAUAAGUGCAAUUUAGAGAAACAGUUUCAUAUUUUAGAUAUUCUUUUUAAGUUGUUUUUCAUGCAUACCCCAUAAGCAGGACAAAUUCUGUCACAACCAACCCUAAAUGAGUGUUGAGGCUCUUUUGUUAGUAGGGUUUUUGUUGUUUGAAUAUUGUUAAAGUGAGUCAUAGAGUCCCAUAGAAGUGAUAUUCAUUUAUAAUAAGAUUUAACCUCUAAUACAUUUUUCUUCUUCUUUGUUUUAAUUUGUUCUUUAGCAUGGUUUUAAAUACAACUUUUAUCUUCUAGAUCUUAUGCCCUUUUUCUUUCUUCAACAACCAAAAUAUAUUUUGAUAUCUAUUCUUUUUAAAAAAGGACUCCAACUUUGUGGUUUUUAAUGAUUCAAGUAACUUUUCUGUGAGCUCUGCCCCCCCAUCUUAUAACAUGUUUAAAAUAAAAUAUAAUUGAACUGUUCAUAAGUGUGAUAUUUCACAAAUGUCAAGAAUGAAAAUCAUCAUUUACUUUAUGUACUAUAAUAUGUGCAUUUUCAUAAAAGGCUUAAAAAUGAAGCAUUCAGAAAUGCUGAUGUUAUAAAUAUUCAUGCCUCUUAGUUAACAUGUCUUCAAAGCCUCAGGUUAAUACAUAAGAGGAAUUCUGAAAACCUGCCCACUGACUUGCCCAUCUGCAUCCUGAUGCUUCCCCAAGCACCAGUCUGCUCAUUUCUCCAUUUUACUUGAGACCCCAUCCGUGCUUGUUAUUAUAUCAUCUGGCCAAAGUCCCAUCAUGUCUCAACUAUCACUUUUCUUAUCAGGAAAAUUACACAAAGAACAGUUCAAGUAGUCUCUUAUCUCUCUUGUGUUUUGAGUUAAAGGCAAAGAAAGGUACCAUGAUCACUUUACUCUCACAAAUCAAUGUUGAACUUGCCAGAUAUUUAUAUUUCUGAUAGGCUUACCCUUGUACAGAGACUGCAAACUGAAUGAAAAAAACAAAAGGAAAAACCAUCAUCUGUUUCUACUUGUCAGCCUCACAUUUGUCCUUUUCCAUACAUGCUGGCCAUGGCUGUGCUCUUAAACUAAUUAUGAAGUUAAGUCGUUUUUCUAACUUGAGUGUGAAUGCAGCAAUAUACUAAAAAGUUUUAAGCACAUUUGUAAAUUGGAAUGGAGGUAGUUUGUCAUAAAGUUUUUACCUGCCAGUUUCACCUAGGUAACUGUUGCAAUGAGCCUAGCAAUUUCAACUAAAUCAGAUUAAACCUGAAUAGCCUACAUAGUUAUUGUAAUAAAGUAUUGGACUUUGAA